AUGGGAAUAAGUGAGAAUAAGAUAAUUGCUGACAUUGUGACAGCCAAGGUUAGUGAAGUAUUUUUGCUGCAACACUGUCAGGUACUGCACGAUUGUUGUGGUAAAAAGUAGAUCGGGUGUUAUUUUUGUAUCAUUUCUAAUUGCAGUUAAAUCAGCAUAUCGAAUUUAAGGAAGAACACGCACAUUAUGGUGAUUUUUGUGGUACAAAAAGGUAGAUGUGAACAAUUGCUUUUGAUUUCUGAAAUCUUAGUAUACAGUGGUCUACAGUAGGUCAUCAUAUUGCCAAAACUGUACAAGCUGUCUACUUUGGCAAAAGUUUCAAACUUCACAAGAAUUGUCAAGCGUUUAUAAUUGUACAUGAGCAACGUCAUACAACUGCGAUUAUAGACCCUGUUUAAAGUGUGUGUGUGUUGAGGGGGCGGCGGGGGGGAGGGGGGGGGGGCACGAGAGCACAGAAAGUUUCUAUAUUUGAAAUGGAAUUCAGUGGGCAUUGUAGCCCUGAGGAUCUGAAGAGCCACUGUUGUGAUAUACAUAUCAAGCAAAUUUAAACCGUAUUAUAUAUUUGCCAAUUGCAUUGAGUUCGGUAUAUGUAAAACAAUUAAGACGUCUGACUCAGUACAGUAAGUGUCAUUUUAUGGUACCGAUAGACGUGUUCGUUGAUCUAAUCAGGGAGUCCCAGAGACAUAUGGGGCUUCGCGCUGAACAUAACUUUGGCCGGGGGUGCUCAUGAUUUCUUUGAAAGGUUCUUAAAUUGAAAGAUCUAUUUCAAAAGCACUUGAAAAGCACUUGAAAAUACAAAUUCUGUUUAAAAACCUUGUGCUUGAAAAUCACACAAAUAUUAAUGAAAAAGUAAAAUUUAUAUUUAAUCUGAAAUUUUUAGAACUGUAUCAUGCAAGUAACGUUACAUGAGACCCAUCUACACGAUAGACUAGUCGUAUACAAUUCUUAUCCUGGCGUACUCGAAUAAAUGGGUGUAAAGAUGUUAACAUAUUGGAAAUGGCGUCAGACGUUGUUUUCAUACGCGAGAAUGACAAUUUUAUAGAGAAUACUGAGGAAUUUCAGAGCUCCCUGUCCAAGUGUUGACAAGGUUAAGUAAACGCAAUACUUGAUGUAUUCAGUCUGAACAACUCCAAUGUGGAGUGAGCUGAAUAAUAAUGUAAUGGAAAAAUUGAAAUAUCAGGUCUCAGGAAUGGAAAAAUCCUGCAUUCUGGGGCACUUUAGAUGGGGCCCUGUGACCCCUUUCCAGGAAUGAAUGAAUCCUGCCGUUUGUCCAAUGGGCACGUCUGAAUUUAAUUGUAGCAGCGCUAAUUUUAGAUCAAAAUCACACAGAAGGGGCUUUUAUUUGACCAAUCAAAGGUUUGGAACAACGUUGAAAACCAAUAUUACCGACAUUGUUCAGGUCUCCAUUGCACAUAAUUUAUAUAAACAUAUCCACUUGUGCUUACAAAAAUUCCGUAUUUCAACAUCGGUGAUCAGCGAUGGUUCCAUGGUUCCAUCAAACCAAUGCUCUUUGGUCCCUGCGUGAUUGCUUGUUUGAUACUUACUGUAUUAAUUUACAAGUACAAUCUCGACAUUGAAAUUUUAUUUGAUAAAUUUCCUGAGAUUGUGAAAAAUUUUAAAAAUCCGCACUGGUCGAGCUAGGAUUCUGAAGGAUUUUGCUCAAAUUGAUCGUCGAGGCCCACUCUUCUACUGGAGUACAAUUACAAUAAAAUGAUUGUACUCCUAGCUCUCAACCAAUCAGUAUUCAGUAAUGUUGUCAUACAAAUUGAAAUGUAAUUUGAUAAUCCUCGCCGUUUGCUCAUUUCUCAGUCCUGUUGCUCGAUGAUCGAUUAGGCGAGUUUUGAACAGUUUUUGAAACAUUUUGAAACUCAAACAUCUCAUGAAAAUUUUCAUUACAAAAAGAAAUUGUUUUGGUUGAACUCGUGACGUAAAAAGUACUUUUUCUGUUGAAAAACUGGCAAUGUAUGAAAAAUCCGAGAAUAGUGCAUUCAUUGAUUUAUUUCACAAUACAAGAAAUAAAGUAGCUCGAGCAACAAUUACGUAAUCGACGUUUCGUAAUUCCGUUAAUUAUAAGUAACAAUUAGCGUGUAUUAUAACAAUUUUGCUUGGGCCUAUCCCGGCGAUCUAUGCAACCGAGUUCUUGGUUUCAUGGAUUUCUUGAAAUGUCUCAAUUUUCUUAUUUCUUUUGUUAUUUUCAUAGGUUUCGCGAAGUUAUGGCCGCAUUUUUCGAACGUUACAUGAAGCCCUUGGAGAAAAUAGAUCCAAAUGAUGUAUGUGCAAUGAUUUGGUUCGUGGUUUUGCAUGAUUUACUUGAUUUUUGUACUUACCCAUUAUUGCUGUUACAUGAGCGUUCUGUUUUUAAAUGCACGCUGGCAUGAUACUAAUCUGAGAACGUUUCUUGAACGACGCAAUAAGACUAAGGGGUAGCCAAAUUGUAUCAUAUGACAAAUUGCAUGAUCCACAUUUUAUCUUAAAUAUGCAUUUUUGUACAAUACACUUAUUUCUGUAAAAACAUAAAUGCGUGGUGUUAGGUCUAGAUUGUUUGAAACAUACUGGAAAGUAUAUGUGCCUUGCAUCUUAUUACCUGGAAACGCGAGAGUUCCAUUAUAUUUUCCAGCUAGUUUUGAAUCAAGCCAUACUGGGGCCGAUGCAGAUAUCUUGUUCGAAUUAACAAAAAUUUCAUCUUCUGAAGUUUUAAAUUACACACGGAUUUGACGAUGUACUGCACCGAACCAAAACAGUAGGUUAAAUUGUAACCCGCUAAUCCAGCUUCGAACAACCGGCCCUUGCUGCACAUACUGUAUACCUCUGGACCCUUACGACACAAACAUUACAGUUAGAUGUCAGUGCAUAAUCCAGUCGGAGAGAAUAUCUGCCAAAAUUAUAGUGUAGAUUCGGCAUAAAGCGGCUAAAUAUCUAAGGUAGGGAACUUUAUCAUAUUCUCCUUGUGAGAAGAAUUGUUAUACUUUGCUAUCUAAAAUAAAUUGAAUACCAUGCAUAUAGAUGGGAUUCAAAUUUCAAAUUUUGGAAAACCUGAUUGUAUCACUUUAAAAUUAUUGUUGUGAUGAAAGAAACGAUUUUUAUCACUUGGAAUAGUUCGAGACACAAAUGGACCAACAGGUUGGGUUAAUAUCAGGAUUUUGGGUAUCUCACUCAGUGGAUAUAAUUCUAGAAUGUUUUUUUCGGCGGAAAUUUUCGAGUUUCUAUUAUAUGUGUGACAUUUACACUAAAAAAGUUCCAUCAACAAAACCCUUCUACAAUUGUCAAUUGGGCCAAAUGGUGUGGCUGUGGUCCCCACUUGCACCAAAUAUUAAUGACAAGUCCUGCGUUAAGUUGAUAUAAAAUUGCAGUUGAAUGGACAAAAUCGGUUACUUUUUGUUCAUAUGCAAGCAUGAGUGAAUAACUUUUAUACUUAAUCCCUCCUAUCCUAUUGCUUAGUUAACUUUAAGAUUAAAAUAUUUAUUGCCUUGUUUGGUUUUUAUAGAUAGUUGUCUUUAAUGGUGGUGCAGCGUUAAUGAAAGCUCUUUCCGCGACUAUAUUCAACCCUGGAGGUUAGUCAAUCUUUUUUUUUCUCAUUCUUAAACAAUCUUUGGAAUUAAUGCUAACCACAACAACAUACUGAAGCAACAUUAAUAACUAAGGUAGUUGACGGAAAACAUACGUGGGAACUAUUAAAAAGAUUUGUCAAAAUGUCAUGUCGCAGCCUGUUGUAUAAACCCAGUGGCGUAGCCAGGGUUUACAAAGUGAGGGGGACAAGUUGAACGCCGAAGGUGCAAACACUGGGGGGGGGGGGGUGUCCGGGGCCAUACUUCCAGUUUUGUAAUUCAGAGCUUUUGAAACGCCAUUUUGGGUUGAGAUUUUUCAAAAUUCAGAAGAUUAUAACAUCAUAAAAUAAACAAAAAAAGUAAAUUUUAAGACAUUGUGUACUAUUUAAUUUGAAAGUGAGAUUUUACAGGAUUCAGAAGAUUAUAACAUUAUAUAAAAUACAUGAAAAAUAAAACAUUUUACGACUUUGAACUAUGCAAUUUUUCUUUUGUGUCUUUUUCUAUUGUGUUGUAUGUUAAUUCGGUCAAGAAUGCCUGCGGUUAUAAUUCAGUUAUUAUGGAUUGCGAAUAAUAUGCUGGACAUGAAACCGGAUCAGUGUUGACCCUCCCCAAAUUUUUCAUUGGAUUUAUUAAACAUAUCUCAAAGGUUGUUCUGAAGGAAAGUGGGAGAGACUCGCGAUCGUCCCCCGCAGCUCCCCCCCCCCCCCGUGGCUACGCCACUGUAUAAACUAGAGAUGUGCAUCGGAUCGAAUUGGACGUUUAUAAUCUGACAAUUGCCUAAUGUUUAAAAUCAGAUCCGAAAUUGUUUAAUCCGAAUCCGAUUAGAUCCGAGUAUUGGAAGAGAAUUACAAUCCGAUCCGAUCCGAAGAAUUCUUUAAUCAAAUAAAUUUCUUAUUCAACUUGAAAUGAUUAAUCAAAUAAAUAUAAAGGCAAGAAAUAUAUGUCAAAAGCUGACAAAGUGACGUCCAAUUGAAGUAUCAAACAAAUAACGGAGCGCCAACCGCGAUGAUGCUUUGAUAAAUGCAUGAAUAAUUAAUUCUUGAGACAAUGCGUGGAUAAUUAAUUCAUUUUAUUUCGGAUAUCGGAGUCCGAUCCAAUCCGAUCCGACUACGAAACAACCUUAUCAAUCCGAUCCGAUACCAAAUGAAUAUUUUGGUUCCGAAAUCCUAACGAAUCUGAUCGGAUUCGGAUCGGUUUCGGAUCGGAUUUGCACACCUCUAGUAUAAAUUAAACCUCUACAUUGAGUUCAUUGUAGCUGGAUGUAUCAGAAUAGGGGACUGUACAUACGUCGUUCUAAAUGACAAAGAAGCACAGUGCACUAGCUAUAUAUGGUCUACUUUUGUCACAUCUGAAGCUCUAUAUAUUACAUACAUUAUGGUGUCUGCUGUUGAUUUUUUCCUUUUGGAUUAAUUUAUCGAUUUUCUUCAUUUUCAGAGGCUAUACUCAUUCCAGCGCCGUUUUAUGGUGGAUUUGAACAAGAUCUUUUUAUUGAAAACGAAAUUAUUCGAGUUCCUGUUCACUUGUCUAGCAAGGUUAGAAUUGUUCAUUCAUAUAUUUACUAA